AUGGAGUGCGAAAUUUUAGGAUUAAGUAUUGCCCUUUUGCUAUGGGUUGCAUGGGCCAUGGUGACGGAGCAGCGGCACCGGCGUUUGAAAGAGCUAGGCCAGCUUCCACCAGGGCCAAGAUGGUGGCCGGUGGUUGGCAAUAUUUUCCAGUUAGGUUGGGCACUACCACAUGCAUCGUUUGCUAAGUUGGCUCGUCAACAUGGACCCAUCAUGACUCUAUGGCUAGGUUCAAUGAGCACCGUGGUCAUCUCAUCCAACGAGGUGGCUCGUGAAAUGUUCAAGAACCAUGAUGUGGUGCUUGCGGGGCGAAAAAUCUACGAGGCCAUGAAAGGAGAUUUUGGCCAUGAAGGGUCUCUUAUUACAUCUCAGUAUGGUUCGCAUUGGCGCAUGCUAAGGCGCUUAUGCACCACAGAAUUUUUCGUAACUAGCCGCCUUGAUGCCAUGCGGGGAGUUAGAGGAAGGUGCAUAGAUCGGAUGGUGCAAUUUAUUGAAGAUACUGGUGCAAAUGGUACCAAAUCUAUUGAUAUUGGGAGAUUUUUCUUCUUGAUGGCAUUUAAUCUAAUUGGAAACCUUAUGUUUUCAAAAGAUUUGUUGGAUCCUAAAUCGGAAAGUGGUGCACAGUUCUUUUAUCAUGCAGGGAAAGUCAUGGAGUUGGCUGGUAAGCCAAAUGUUGCGGAUUUCUUACCAAUUCUAAGAUGGCUUGACCCGCAAGGUAUAAGGAGAAAAACCCAGUUUCAUGUUGAACGAGCUUUUGAAAUUGCAGGACGGUUCAUCAAGGAAAGGAUGGAAAGUAUGGAAAAUGGAAACUAUGAAGGGAAAAGAAAAGAUUUCUUAGAUGUGCUUUUGGAAUUUCGUGGUGAUGGGAUGGAGGAGCCAUCUAAGUUUUCUUCUAGAACCAUUAAUGUUAUUGUUUUUGAGAUGUUCACUGCAGGAACUGACACAACUACAAGCACUUUAGAGUGGGCUAUGGCUGAGCUUCUACACAACCCAAGGACACUGAAAAAUGUCCAAGCUGAAUUGAGAAGCACUUUAGGCCCUGGCAGGAAGCUUGAAGAGAAGGAUAUCGAAAACCUGCCAUAUCUUAAAGCAGUAAUCAAAGAAACAUUAAGACUUCACCCACCUCUCCCUUUCUUAGUUCCUCACAUGGCUAUGGACUCUUGCAAGAUGUUGGGUUACCAUAUUCCCAAAGAAACACAAAUUUUGGUCAAUGUUUGGGCAAUUGGAAGAGAUUCAAAAACAUGGGAAGACCCUUCAGUUUUCAAACCAGAGAGAUUCUUGGAGCCAAACAUGGUGGAUUACAAGGGACAGCAUUUCGAGUUUAUACCAUUCGGGUCUGGUCGGAGGAUGUGUCCAGCUGUGCCACUUGCAUCUCGUGUGCUCCCAAUGGCACUGGGUUCGCUUUUGCAUUCCUUUAAUUGGACUUUAGCUGAUGGGCUUAAACCUGAAGACUUGGACAUGACUGAGAGAGUCGGAAUAACACUAAGGAAAUCUGUUCCCUUAAGGGUCGUACCAAUACCAUUCAAGAGGCCCACAUGGAAGGCCUCUGAUUAAAUAUUUUCCCCAAUUAAACAAGGUGAAGAUAAAGGAUGUCAAGGCAGACAAGGGUUUUGGCUUUAGCAGCCUAAGCGGCAGACAUCCUUCAACUAAUUUUCGCUGUGUUUUCGUGUGUGCAACUUAAUGUUCACGUGUGUGAGUUCGAGACUUUUGAAUACAAAUAGCUAAUGAAGUAGGACGAAUAAUGCAUAGUACCAUCUGUAAGUCUUGUGAAUAGUAGCCAAAUUAUUCAAAAUUUCUUGUUAAAUGUUUUAGCAUUGUGAAGAACCAAGAUAAUGU